AUGACUGCGGCAGUAACAGAGUCGCUGCGGUCAUCAACCGCUCCACCAUCGUCGAAUCAGAUGCCGAGAGUGUUGACGAACAGCGCCCCGGAGGAUGAGGGAGGACGAAGCAGCGUCUUCGGCAGGCGCAGAGCAUGGAAAAUACAAAACAACGGCGCGCACUUCUUCAAGAGAGCGAGACCGGGAGCGAAAAUAAGACUGGAACUACAAUUAUUGAUGAAGACGGAGGAGGUUGAAAAGAUUGUGAAUCUGGGGGAUUCUGCUUGCCAAAGAAAUCAGCAUUGUUGACCACAUGCCGCUAGCACUGAUUACGUGCAUCUUCAAGAAAUACCAGCGAACACUAAUUGCUGCGCAUUUUGGGCGAGUCAGUAUGAGUAGUGCACGUUGCGCAAGCAAAUCUCAAUACCUCGCGCUAGGCACGUGAUGAUCAUGACCAUUGAUCACCUGGCUUGCAAAUGUGCUGGCGAUUUAGAAUCGCAGCCGCGAAAAACAGUGUUAAUCGCCGAAGAUAAUAACUCAAAUACUUGUCGGGAUUACAUAAUAGAUCGGAAUAGAACAAGACCAAGAGUUACAAGAGUGAAUGCUACAUCACGUGAAAGUAUAGCUACGAGAACUAUAUUUUGAAGCUGCC